CUGAAGCCAGAUCUUUAAGGAGCCGUUUCUCCAGCUGCUUGCCUCCUCUUUCCCCCUUUCCGAAUCCCCAUUGCGCCGACGACAACUCGCUCCCUUUGCAGAGUCGUUGUCGCUCACUCCGCCACUUCUUUUUUUCUUCUGGAUGAUUUAAUAUUUGGUUUUCCCUUCCAAUUGCCCAACAUGAGUUCCUUACGGUUCCUCGACCUCGUCAAGCCCUUCGUGCCGUUCCUCCCCGAGGUUCAGCAGCCCGAGACCAAGAUCCCCUUCAACCAAAAGUUGAUGUGGACGGGCUUGACCCUCCUGAUCUUCCUGGUCAUGAGCCAAAUGCCGCUCUACGGUAUCGUUUCGUCGGACACAUCCGAUCCGCUAUACUGGUUGCGUAUGAUGAUGGCGAGUAACCGAGGUACCUUGAUGGAACUCGGUAUCACGCCCAUCAUCUCGUCUGGCAUGGUCUUCCAGCUCCUCGCCGGUACCCACAUGAUCGACGUCAACCUCGACCUCAAGUCCGACCGCGAACUGUACCAGACCGCCCAGAAGCUCUUCGCCCUCAUCCUCUCGGUCGGCACCGCCACCGUCUACGUCUUCACCGGUCUCUAUGGCCCCCCGAGCGAGCUCGGUGCCGGCAUUGUCUUCCUGCUCAUUCUGCAGUUGGUCAUCGCUGGCAUGAUCGUCAUUCUCCUCGAUGAGCUUCUCCAGAAGGGUUACGGCCUUGGCAGCGGUAUCUCGCUGUUCAUUGCCACCAACAUCUGCGAGUCCAUCAUGUGGAAGGCUUUCUCCCCGACUUCGAUCAACACCGGCCGUGGCCCCGAGUACGAGGGUGCCGUCAUCGCCCUCUUCCACCUGCUCAUGACUUGGCCCAACAAGCAGCGCGCGCUCCAGGAGGCUUUCUACCGCCAGAACCUGCCCAACAUCAUGAACCUGCUCGCAACCCUCGCCGUUUUCGCCGCUGUCAUUUACCUGCAGGGCUUCCGCGUCGAGAUCCCGGUCAAGUCGUCGCGCCAGCGUGGUGCUCGUGGCUCGUACCCCAUCCGCCUGUUCUACACCUCGAACAUGCCCAUCAUGCUGCAGUCGGCCCUGUCCUCCAACAUCUUCCUGAUCAGCCAGAUGCUGUACUCGCGCUUCUCGGAGAACCUCUUGGUCCGCCUCUUCGGUGUCUGGGAGGCCAAGGACGGCUCUUCGCAGCUGUCGGCCGUUUCCGGUCUCGUCUACUACAUGUCGCCUCCUCUCAACUUCAAGGACGCCCUGCUGGACCCCAUCCACACCGCCGUCUACAUCGCCUACAUGCUGACUGCCUGCGCCAUCUUCUCCAAGACGUGGAUUGAGGUGUCUGGCUCGAGCCCCCGCGAUGUUGCCAAGCAGCUCAAGGACCAGGGCCUCGUCAUGGCUGGCCACCGUGAGCAGAGCAUGUACAAGGAGCUCAAGCGCAUCAUCCCCACCGCCGCUGCCUUCGGUGGUGCCUGUAUCGGCGCUCUCUCUGUCGCCAGUGACCUCAUGGGCGCGCUUGGCUCUGGCACCGGAACCCUCCUUGCCGUCACGAUUAUUUACGGCUACUUCGAAAUCGCCGCCAAGGAGGGAGAUUUGGCGGGCAUGAAGGGUAUGAUCAUGGGCUGAGCAGCCAAACUAUCUCUUUGCCGCUUGCUGCGCUCCUCGACCCAUUUGCCGGUCGCGUUUCGCAUCCGGAAUUUAGUCGUGUCGAUUUAGUCUGUAAUUGUCUGGGGAGUCAAGCGCUGGCUUUACUGUAUAGUAGCAACGAAGCAAGAUUAUAAAGGGAGGCUUCCUAAAAGCGGGCGGGUUAUUUUGCAUCCAGACGGGCAGUCGAAUCGGGAGGUCUUUAAAUAGUAAAUUACGGGGCUUAGGCGCUCGGGUUGCUCAUCAAGAUGUUUUGAAUUAUUUUGCUCAGUUGCAUGGGAUAGCGCGAACGAGCCGGAUACAGUUUCAAAGAGGUAAACAUCAAAACAAUAAUUUCCAAC